GGAAUCAUCACUCACUUUAUACGUGCCCAAUUGAGAACCAAGAAGAGAAAGAAAUGAAUAAUGAGGAUGGGGAAGUGGUGGAAGCAGUGAAUGGGGAUAAGAAAGUACCUAAUAUAACGAUAAAGGUAGUGAGAGAAAAGGGUUCGACAAAAUCUUCGUCUUCUUCAAGCUUCAGUUUUUGUCGUUCUGAUGAAUGUGGGGUGGACUUGAGCAUGGCCAAGAAUUACAAUAGGCGACACAAGGUUUGUGAACGACAUGCUAAGGCUCCUGUCGUUUUAGUGUCUAGCAUUCGUCAGAGGUUCUGCCAACAAUGUAGCAAGUUCCAUGAACUUGCGGAGUUUGAUAACAAAAAAAGAAGUUGUAGGGCAAGAUUGGCUGGUCAUAAUGAACGUAGAAGGAAAACACAGACAGAUCAAUCCUCAGGUGGUGACCAUUAGCUACAUGCCCAUCUCAAGUGAGUAGCAGCUUGAUAGCAGUCUCAAACUUUUGACUUCUAAGAAUUAUCUUGGUACAAGAGACUUUU